CUCCUGCCACACGAGCAGCCAGCGGCAGCUCCAGCAGCAAUCCUCUUGCCUCUUCGACUCCUCCACCACAACACCUCCAACUCUCCACUCCGCCCCGAGGUCGCUUGCUCGCACACGCAGCUGAGCGGCGACGGGGGUACUAUGCAUGCCACUAACAGUGAGACCAGCACUCACUGCCUCACUGCUCACGCGAAGUGAGGCAAAUGGAGUUUCCUUUGCUUUCGUCACUGGGACUCUACGCAGCUGACAUACGCGGAGACGGCAACUGCCUCUUCAACGCCCUGUCCGACCAGCUGUAUGGUCACCAAAAUGAACACGCCGCCAUUCGCUCGCGUGUCAUCGAUUACAUGCGUGAGCAUGCCGACUACUACAAACAGUUCAUUGACGUGAACCCCGGCGGAGGCAUUCGACGCAACCCCAAACGCAAAAAUGCCGGCUCCUACUCCUCGCCUGCUUCCUUCCAACCUCCCUCCCCCGCCGACAUCGACCGAGUCUUCGAGAACCACCUCGCCUCCAUGGCCCGUGGUGGCACGUAUGGUGACAACAUGGAGAUUGUAGCCUUCUCAUCGGCAAUGGGCUACGACGUGAAGAUCUAUCAACGUGAUUACGCGUUUAUGGUGUCGGGUGGCAGUGAUGGUGAAGGCGACACUUCUCGACCCGUAGCACACAUUGCCUACCACACGUGGGAACACUACUCGUCGAUACGAAACCUCGAUGGGCCUCAUACGGGCAUGCCCAACGUGCAGGUCAAGGUACUGUCACCCGAGGAAGAGGCAAAACAGAGAGAAGUCCUGUCGAAGACGUCACCAGUGCUUCCAUGGAUGAUCGAUGUGGUUUCCAAGUCGUUACCCUUUUUGGCAGAUAAGGUCACCAUUAAGAGAGCUCUCGAAGCGACAAAGGGUAAUAUUGAUUUGGCGGUGAACAAUCUGCUCGACGCGGACGAGCAAGGCAGCACUUCGUCGCAAGUCGAGAGCUCCAGUGUAGAGCGUGACCAUGACAGUGAUGAUGACACGCAUGACGGCCCCAACAAGAAGCAGGAUCGACGUAUGAGCAGAGCUUCGCGAGCACACAAGGAGAGGACUCGUGACCCCAAGCAUGCUCUCUCGACUCUCAUCAACCACGACGGCAGCGAAGAAUCCUUUGGCAGUUUCGCCUCAGAGACGUCCACACAACCAGACGCCAUGCCUCGCUCAUCAAGCACUCAACCAACCUCGACCGAUGGCAACGACGUGUCGCCCAACGUGAAGACCACAUCUCUUUCACAAGACGCGUCCACCACGACCGCGGCGCCCGCCAAGCCGCCCAUUAGAAUCAAGCUGUUACCGCCGAAACCGCCGCCCGGCAAGACUUCACAAAAGCAGUCCGGUCCACGUGUUUCAGCACGAGACAAGAAGGACAUGCAGAAGCAAGCCCAAAAGAAGGCCCGCAAAGAGCGGCAUCAAGCUGAAGCCGAUUCUGCAAAGCAAGAAUCAGCGGCAUCAGUGGGCUUGGCGUUACGUGCCAAAGGUAUGACCGAGACACCGCCGGUCGAGCCGCUGCGGACUCUCUUCAUUUGAAAGCGGCAUCCUCUCCAUUCUUUGCGACUUUGCAUCUUACGAGCCUGCUUGCUGCGGAAGAUACCCAUUCUGUUGUUUCAUGUCGGAGCGAAACAUAGCACUUGCAUUCUUGAUCAUAGCGACGGAGUCACACACAAACAACCACAGCAUAGGGAAAAAUAUGGCGUUCAUUGAGGGAGAAAAUGGGUUUCGUUGACGAUACUGGGUGGUGGUGCAGUCUGAGACACCACUGGUGCUCUGAAGGGCUCAGUCGCCGGUGGUAACGACACACAUGAAGAUUUAUUGCUUGGCAACAUGGACACGGCGCGCUUUGUGCGUUGCUGAUGUCCUGCUACAUUGCGGCACGAGACCAAUGCGACAAGGAAGAAAAGAAAGACGAAGAAGCAUAAUACAUUUAGACACCAGACUAGUCACUCGAUAUUGAUGCGUGACUGACCAACUCUGGCAAGAGCUGGCGGCGUGCAAUGACAAUGCCACACAUGUCCGCA